AUGGCUCGAAUUCUUGUCAACCCCACAGUGGCAGAAUGCCCAGAUUAUGCUUCCGCGACGUAUGCAGUGACUCGCGCUCCCUUGAUCAAUGCCAAUACCACUGAGGAUGAAGCUGUUCAGCUUCUUAAGAACAUAUGGAAGGCCGGGAAUGAUGCAGACAAGGCAGCAUGGGAGCAGCAGGUGAACGACGAUGCAACUGAUGUCGCCGAUCAGAUCAGACUGGCAGAAGAAGCAGAGGUACAACGAUUAGACACCUUGAGACAGGAGGAAGAGCUAUCCCACAAGGAAGAGCUAAAGAAGAACAAGGAGAAGUACCUACUCAUUCCAGACAGAGAUGCUCCGACGAUAGCACCGAUUCUCCCGGCAACCUAUGCAGUUCGAAAGAUGAAGAAAGGCCUCUACACCGAGAUGCACUACUACACCAAUAAGGGCCUAGACGAGGCGCUGAGCGGCUCGAGCACAAUCGAUGAUGAAGCAAUGAUCCUACUGCAGAAUCCAAACGGCACGACAUCUUGGGUUCCGGCAGCCUCUGCCCGAGACUCUCGCGGCGUCACCGAAGAUAAGGAUCUCACAUGGGAGGAUUUCUGUCAGGCAGCCCCUCGCAUGAUUCGCGCUAUGGAAGAGGCCAGCUGGCCUGAGGAUCGAGUGGCAAUGCUGGCAAAAUUCUGGGGAAACUUGCAGAUCCACGAGCUUCGCUCCUCUCGUGAUCCUCUGGACCAGAAGACUCUCCUUGUUUAUCAAGCUGAACAACGGAAGGCAUGGCACCUUGCGAUACCAUCACCGCAAGGUGCAUGGAACAUCUCGCGGAUCAAUGAUGAGAUCAUGCGAAAGGUCAAAGAACGCGUCUACUGGGAAGCACGGAACCUGAAGGAUAAUGAGAGAGAUUUUCGCAGACCAACGGAUGGCAGGAUACACAUCUGGAGCCGUUGCGGCCCCUAA